UGUGUAUAUAUUGUAAAGGAAGCAAGUGUUAGCAUGUGCUUACUGAUAACUCAAGACUGAUUGCAAAGUAAUAGCGCUAUCUGCGCGGGAGUAAUGCUUCCAUCACAGAAUGCCGCAUUUCACAAAAGCCGGUUCAAGUUCGGCUCUAAAGAAAGGUUCAGUCUGCUUCUCCUGGAGCCCGGUGAAACGUUUUUCAAAGACUAUCUAAUUAACGUGCAAGCAACACCUUUAAGUCAGGUUACUUCGAAAGUAGACGGGGUAGAUUGGCACAGUGCCAAACUAAGAGUAUGUUCAAAAUCAGUGGUAUUCGAACCCCCUUCGAAUGAUCUCUCGGCACUGGUCAAAGUGCUGUACCGGGAUAUGAAAAAUGUUCCUGGAAGUGAAGUUGUUACAUUAUGUGACGGCUCCAUUGAGUGCAGGUGGAUAUUUGAGUCAAAGAGACACACUUUAAUGCUCGAAAAUGGAGUGGUGAAACCAUUCUCCUCUGUUGUGGAGGACUUCAGAUUUGAGUUUGUGCUCAUCUUCAGUAGCUCGAAUGAUAUUCUUUACUCUCAAAUAACUAAACUGUGGCAGGCUUCCACGGAGGCCUCAAAACUCACCGUCAGCGACCAAGACCAUAUCAGAGAAGCGAUUGUUGAUAGUGCAUUGGCUAUGCUGAACUUCGACAAGAAAUGGCUGGACCGCAACGAGAACAUUCUUCUAGAAGAGAACUGUAAGAGUAUAGGACCACUUACAGCCAGGCCGGGACUGAUGGUGCUAACAGAUAAGAACCUUUUCUUCGUACCAAUCAACGACGCUUCGGAGUUGCAGAAAUUUGAGAUCACAGCUAUAAAACGAGCACUGAGAAGAAGAUACGCUCUGCAAAGCACGGGCGUGGAAAUCUAUUGUGAGGAGCGGAGUUUAGUAAGUGAUAUCUACGUGGCCUUCUCCUCCUAUGAGAGAAGGGAGAUAUUUCUGAACAAACUGGCCCAGGAGAAGAAAGAAAAGACGCCACACCUCAAGUCUAUCUGUGUAGAUAAGAAUCUGGGAGAAUUAACUACAGUUACUCACAAAUGGAGACGGAGGGAGAUAUCAAACUUUGACUAUAUAUUCUAUUUGAACUUACUGGCCGACCGGAGUAUUAAUGACAUCCACCAGUAUCCUGUGUUCCCAUGGGUCAUCAGUGACUACACGUCAAAAGAGUUAGAUCUGGAAAAGCCUGUUAGCUUUCGGGACCUGUCGAAGCCUGUGGGUGCCUUAAACGCAGACAGACUCGCCAGUCUUCGAGAACGAUACGAGCAAAUGCCAGAUCCCAAAUUCCUCUUCGGCACUCACUACUCUGCGCCUGCCUUUGUGUUGUUCUAUCUGGUGAGACUAGUGCCGGAGUGUGUGUUGUGUCUGCAGAAUGGCCAUCUAGAUCAGCCAGACAGGACUUUCCACUCCAUCCCAGAACUGUGGAAUAAUGUCAAUUAUUGUCCACAUGAUUUCAAAGAGUUGAUUCCUGAGUUCUUCGAUGGAGAUGGGGAGUUUCUGAUGAACACCAGGAAACUGGACUUCGGAGUGAGGGACGACGGGGCCAGGAUCAACCACGUGAUACUUCCCCCAUGGGCUAAAGGUUCGGCCAAAAGCUUCAUCGACAUGAACCGGAAAGCACUUGAAAGUGAGUAUGUCUCAGACAACCUACACCACUGGGUGGACCUGAUAUUCGGCUACAAGCAGAAGGGUCCAGUGGCCGACCAGUGGGACAAUCUGUUCCACCCACUCACGUACGAGGGGGGUUACGAACAGGCCCUGAAGGAGAGUGGAUCAUACACUGGCAAUACUGUGAAUGCACUCAAAACACAAGUUCUGGAGUUUGGCCAGUGUCCGGUGCAACUGUUCACGAAGCCACACCUCCCGCGCAACUUCAACACAAAUCACACUGAUCAACAACAGACUCAGAUGCAGAGUAUUUUGAACAUGAAGGGAAAUCUGAAAAUGCACAGCAACAAUGUGAACUCAUCGGUUGUUCAAGCGGAAACGAAACAUGGGCCGAAGCACAAACAGAGUAAUACAAAUCAGAAGGGAUUUUCAUCAGUAUCAGUGCCAGAUUUGAUUAAUCCGAAUUUCGAUCUUCCCGACUCGUUUUUCACUGACAACACAAUACAACCUCCUCAGAAUGGACUGAAGCCGCUCAAAAUCCAGACAGAUCUGGAAAAGGCUGAACUGAACAGCAAGAAGCUUGAUUUCUCAGCGUCUCUACCCGCCGCCCCCAAGGAGUCCCAAUCAGUGGGGAGGGGAAGUGUGUUUUCAAGUGCAUGGAGGAAAAUAUCCGGUCGCUCACGUGAAAUUUCCAACCCAGAAUCGCCAUCGAGCUUGUCGGAUAGAAGCAGGAGUUCUCUGAUUGGCUCCCCAAAUGGAGACUUAGAUGACAGUAGUGACAACAGGUCGACAAUGACACAAGAAAGGAUGGAUGCGGAUGAAGUGAAACCAGUUUACAACAUAGCUAAUCUUAGACAUAGAAUGGUGCUAUCAUUAUGUGACAACAAGCGAGGCAAGUUCACAGUCAACGCAAUGGACGUGGACUCCUCAGGAGAGCUGGUUGCUCUGGCUCUGCAGGACGGUAAAGUCCUGGUCCUAUCAACCACAGACAGCAAACCCAUUCUUACUCUCAGAGUUCCCUCUAAAAAGCCCCUGAAAUGCUGCAAGUUUCUCAACAAGAAAAACCUAAUAAUCUAUGGAUCAGAAGAUGGCAUUAUCCAUGUGCUGUCAGUUAAACUGUGCAAAUUAGUGUCUUCAUUUGAAGCCUAUGCUUGUCUGGGAUCCAUUUCAAAUAUCAGCCUUUCUCUCUCAAAUGCUCUGUUGGCAAUCACUUUUGACAAACACCAUUUUGUAAAGCUAUUAUCCCUUGUAAAUGUGACAUCCACCAGUUGUGCACUCGAAGAGAGGAGUGAAUUGGACGAAUGUGUUCAAAGCAGAAUCACAUAUCUGAGUCUGGAUGAGAGUAAUACCACAUGUGCGUACGACGAACAUGAACAACAACAGUCAGAGUUUAAUCAGACGUCUCCUAAUAGUUCGAGUGAGUCAUCCUCUUAUUCUCCCUCCUCCAUCCCCAUAUCAGACGGGGGAGGCAGUGUGAAUGAAGUAGUAGUGGCAGCAGAGACAGAGGGUGGGGACUACAGACAGAGACUGGAAGCGAACACUCUUUUGAUAGUUGGCACUGAGAGUGGAGAUGUGUGUGUAGUGGAUGCACUACUGAAUACAGUCGAACAUCAUCUCACACUAGAAUUCAACGAUGCAAUCUUAGCCGCCAAAGUGAACAACAGCGAGACACUUCUCUUAGCGUGCAGCUUCACCCAGAUCAAACUAAUCAAUAUAGGCCAGAAGCCCUACCUGCCCCUGAUGAAGUCGGAGACUCUCUCGCCCUCGCCAGUGGGGUGUGCAUUGUGUGUGAAUGUGGAACAGAUACUGUAUGUGCAUCAGGAGGGGUCGGUGUUGAAUAAACUGGACUGCUUGUCUGGAAUGGUGGCCGAUAAAAGACUGGAAGGUAAUAGCAUGGACGUAUUGAGUCUGUCUCGCAACAACCGCCACUUGGCCAUUCUCUGUCGCAACAACACACAACUCAGCAUCGUCCUAUACCAGGCAUCAAAUUAGGAGUUAUUACAAUUCUAAGUGGAACAUGUUAAUUAGAAGGCAUCGAAUUGGGAAACGAAACACGAGUAUGAGUUUGUUUCUAUGUUAAACUGUGCACAGAUGAAUAACAAGGAUCGCUGAAAAUCCAGAUUAAUCAGAUUUGACUGCUGAUGAUCAAUGCCCCAAGGUCAAAAUAGCCCAGUUUCGCCCACCACAUAUCGAGGACGCCUCAAAAUGUAAAAAAAAGUUUCGAUCAGUUUAUCUUCCAGUACAUCCGAGUAUGCAACCAACCGAAUGUGUGUCUCGCUUGCAACAUAUCACGUGACUUAUAUAUCUGGAGUGCAAAAGCUCUAUCUCUGAAUCUAUCGUUCUCUUAGUUGUCAGUUGUCUUUCAUUCUUGAAUCUUUCAUUUAAAUGGGGAUUGGCGAAACAUCUCUCGCAUAAGCGAAUUUUUGACAAAAUUUUUUUAUCCAAGAUUUUUUAGAUUAUUCUUU